AUGGCGGGUAACAGCUUGUAUGACCCAGAUCAAGCGGCCGUCGAUACUCGGUGGAUUCAACCUUGGAGUGAGGCGUUCAGAGCACAACGAGAUGUUGGACUUCGUGUUCCCAUCAAUUUUCAUACCGUGCCUGCUGUGUCGCUGACACAGGCUUGCUUUGGCGGCAAGCAAUACGAGCACAUUGCCUUUCAAAAAUGCUUUUCCAAUUUGCUUGCUGUCGGCUUUCGACGUUUUAGCGUAGACACGUACUGGGACCCAUUGCGGACAGUGUGGAGUCUAUGUCCCGUUGAGCUGCCUCAGUCAAAUGGGGACGACUUUAAUGCGCCUGUCCAGUCCGGCCAGACCGUGUCAAUUUCGACAGACAGUCAGAAUGCAGUAGUCCCAGAGUCGACAUUUGUCCAGGCUGCCAGUUUGAGAUUCAAGAAGCGUCAAGUCUCUUCACAAGUUGCCACGUCGACUUCGGUGCAAGUAGCAUCAACCGCUUCAGUGGCUUCUUUUGGGUCGCCCAACCCAACACCUGCUGCAGCUACUCCUUCGAUUAUAAGUUAUCCAACGACUGAUGGACCACCAUUGGUACAAAUUGGUAACUAUAAUUGCACCUCAUUAAUGACACUAGACCUUGUUACUGGGCUUCUGGAGGCUUUCUUAGAGUCCACAGCUACUACCACCGCUGCAACCAUCAUUCUGCUAACCCUUGACAUACACGCUGCGUCUUCUAGAUCGAAUCCUGAUGGACCAGCACCGCAACUCUCCUCAGAACAGCUACCACUCACUGGCUCCCUUCUUAGCGAUGUUCUCUGGGGAAAUCUUUCGGACCAUACAUAUAUGCCAGUACGGCUUCGGAGUCACCGCGAGAAUCUAAAUGAAUCUUGGUAUGAUGUUUCAUGGGCCAACCGUCCAUUGCAAGGCUACUUCUCUGAAUCGAGAUAUCCCACUAGCAAUCUGUUCACGGAAGAUGGCUGGCCCACUGAGUCUUUUAUGGAGUUUAAGGAGCUUUAUAGGGUUAUUUCUAGUUAUGGGACUAUUGAUACGCAGAUGCAGUACUACAACAUUGACCCUGACCUGGACUCUAUUUUCCCGCCAGGCACUUUGGGCCGUCCCAGUUCCUCAACAGUCAGUAGUGGACGCGCAGUAUCAAACUGCCGAUUUUCCGCCUCAGACACGACGGUAACUUCUGAAAGGAACUCGUCAUGGGCUGUUGCUGUUGCACCCUCUCUCGACAUUAGCUCAAAUCCUGACCUCAUGGUACCUGUCCCAUCAAUCGCAAAUCUCACGUCCUGCGGCUUGACAGCCUUCCUGAACGAGACCCUAGCCGGCGCUACAGCUGAUAAGAAUCCCCUGCCAUAUGCUGCCUAUGUACACUCGACACUUUGGACCUGGGCACCUGGUGAGCCUGCCAAUGCCACCUCGGGUUCCAGCAACACAGCCAACCGCUGCGCAGUCAUGACAACAUCGCCUUACCCGGGGCGCUGGAGAGUAGCCGACUGCGCAGACAAAUACCACGUCGCAUGCCAAGUGCCCUCUCAACCUUACAACUGGCAAAUCUCACCUGACACUACAAAUUACGCUGGCGCUGACAUGGCCUGUGGUCCCGACGCUGAAUUCAGCGUCCCGCACACCGCACUCGAGAAUGCCCAUCUCCUCGCUGCAUUCCAAGACCACCGACGCAACGCACAAGAUAAGACCGAAAUCUUACUCAACUUCAACAGUCUAAACGUCCCAGACUGCUGGGUUGUCGGGCUCAACGGAACGUGUCCGUAUGUGCCCAGUACGGACACCAAUCGCACGCGCAUCGUCGUGGUCCCGACGGUCGCGGCCGUCGUCAUCUUCCUGUGCGCCGUUUUGACCUUUUUUGUCAAGUGUGCGGCGAAUCGGCGGGAGGAUAAGAGGGGCAGACGGAGGAGGAUGGUGGGCGGGUGGGAGUAUGAGGGCGUGCCUAGUUGA